CGCGCGCACGCAAAUACAUGCACAUACACUUACACAUUUUUUGGCCAGCCAUGGAUCCCUAGUACUGUAGACGCUCUAAGCGGCUGUUGCCAGAGCGAAUUAAAUCUGCAGUCGCUCACUGCUUUGCUCUUCCUGACCUUGCCCGCCUCCGGUUUUGGCUUCUUAAUAUUAGAUCCAGGAUUCCUGCGCUUUCCACCCAUGGCCGCAUCGGAUGGACUAGACGGCUGUCUGCAGCGAGGCAGAUCUCAAAGUGACCCGAAUAUACUCACCGAACCGGGGAUCGAUUUGGCUCACGGUGCAGUGGAUGUACUGGACCAGCAGAGAGUGCUACGGGCCGGCUGCAUGGUGACUGGCGUCCACACUCCCCCCAUCAGGCGAAACAGCAAGCUGGCUACACUGGGCCGCCUUUUUAAGCCGUGGAAGUGGAGGAAAAAGAAAAAUGAAAAGCUCAAGCAGAGCUCCACAGAUGUAGCAUUAUCCAGCGGCCUUCUGUACCACGACCACCACUCCCCCAGCCAGGGCUGCUGUUCAGAUGGAACAGUCCUGCUUGGCGGCUUUGGGGGCUCUCUGAACUCAGACCUCACCGUCAGCAGUGUGGAGUACCUUGGCCCAGAAGAGGACCAUCCCACUCCAGUUGCCCCACUUCAGGACUGUGAGCGGCUGGAGGAAACUGUAAACGUGUCACUACAAGAUGAGGAUGGAGACCAGGAGGGGCACCCUUCUGAGGAGUUACCAGAGGGGCUUCACAUCACUGGGGAGCAGAUGGAAGAAAGACCAGAAGAGGAGAUUCCUCCAGGAACAUCCCCACCACAAGUACCUCCAAAACCUUUGCCAUUGCUGUCAACAGGAGAUGAUUCAGGCCCUGUGUCUCUCCCUGUUCACCAUUCCAACCACUACCACCACAAGGAGCCUCUACCCAGGGGCCCAGAGAGCCUGGCACCCAUCACGCUGCCCCUACGAGGGCCCCUGGCCAACUCUUCAGGGUCGCCGCAUCUCGGCAUUAUGAUGCACACACCUAUGCCCCCGAGCUGCAUUAUGGAGGAACUGCAGAGAGCGUUCGCCACCAAGAACAGACAGGAGAGUGUACACGAAGGGUGCGAACAGGGCUCACCCCCGCGGCUGUGGUGCUCCGAUGGCCGCCUGUCACGUUCAUGCAGCUCAGACAACCAACACACGCCCUCUAUGGCGGGCUUUUGCGUAGGCGUUGGCGGGUCUGACUGGCCCAAGAAGGAGGCGGAGGAGAACAAGGAGAACGUACGGCUGGACCAGUGCUUCUCCAACACAUCGGGUGUCCCUACCGACUUGGACGGAUGGAACGAGUCUGUGAUCUCUGGUACACUUCCUCGCAGGUUAAGGAAGGAGUUACUGGCCGUCAAGCUUCGAAACAGACCCACAAAGCAGGAAUUGGAAGACCGUAACAUCUUCCCUGCAAGAAGCGACCAGGAGCGCCAGGAAAUCCGCCAGCAGAUUGAGAUGAAGCUCGCCAAGAGGCUGAGCCAGAGACCCAAUGUGGAGGAGCUGGAGAGUCGGAACAUUUUGAAACAGAGAAAUGACCAGAUAGAACAGGAGGAGAGGAGGGAGAUCAAACAGAGGCUAAACAGAAAGCUCAACCAGCGGCCCACAGUCGAUGAACUUCGGGACAGAAAGAUUCUGAUCCGCUUCAGUGAUUAUGUGGAAGUGGCCAAGGCUCAGGACUACGACAGGAGAGCAGACAAGCCCUGGACUAGGCUCUCGGCAGCAGACAAGGCUGCAAUCCGGAAAGAGUUGAACGAGUUCAAAAGCACUGAGAUGGAAGUGCAUGCAUCCAGCAAACACCUAACGAGGUUCCACCGGCCAUGACAACCUAGACUUUCUUCUGUGAAGAGAUGUUCUGAAUCCGCUGUGUCGACAAGCCAGGAGUGUUUCCCGUCUUCAGCGAGACUGUAAUUUUCUUCCAGCUUGGACAGGAGAUGAUACUCAUGCCGUCCUGUCCUGGAGACCUACAGUACCUCCUGGCCUUUACUGAUAGUAGCAGGCUGGAGGAGGAGGAGCACUUUGAUGCAGCCUCUGAUUCUCAGGAUGAGAGGCGACGAGGAAAGAAAAAAAAACAAUCUUGUCAAUGGGUCAGUGUUGUUUUCUUUUGUACUGUUUCAUGGACAUGACAAGAAGUGUAGUGACAUGACGCUGUGCAUGUGACCACCUUUUCAUAAAUAAUGUGUCACUUGGACCGGAGAUUGAUUUGAUAUUCAUUAUACAUACAGUAUGUCUAUGUUGUCAUUGAAAAGAGAACUCCCUUUGUAAGCACUAUUUCUCUUCAAAAUAA